CAACAACAACAACAACAACAUUAAUUUGAUUAAUAUUGGAUAAUCUGAUGUUUAUCGAUAUUUUAUUUCAACUAAAAAAUUUAAAAAAUGAAAUUUCAACAACCAAAAGCAAUCACCUGUUGAUUUGACCGGUCCAUAUGUGUGUGUGUGUGUGUGUGUGUGUGUCAAAAUAUUUCCAUCGAUGAUUCUCGAAGAUAUUGAUCCGACAACAGCAUUUUUUUUGCGUCUGAUUGUUAAUUAGAUAAUCUGAUCAUGCAUUAUCAUCACCAUCAACAUCGUGGAUUAUCGAUUUAAUUUUUGGAUAAUUUUUUUUUUUGCUCAAAUAUUAAGAUACCGCAUCAUCCACAUCAUCAUCAAGUGUUGUUUUGGAUCUAAUUGUGAACAAUUUCCCAUCAAACAAAAAAAAAAAUAACAUUACAUGUGAUUUCAAGUACGCAAAUCUUUCAUCAAAUCAAUUAAUUGAUUAAUCGAUUGAUCAAUCGAUCGUAAUAAUUGUGGUGAAUGAGUAUCAUUUGAUUUUUUUUUAUUUUUGUUUUUUUCUGAUUUCGAUUCUCGAGAAAGAGAGUACAACUUAACAAAAACUGACACAAAAAAAUACGGAAAACAGCAACAAAAUUGAAAAAAACCAGAAUUUCUGUAAAUUAAAAAAAAACCGAAACAAAGAAACGAACAAACAAAAAUGGAUCGUUUUUCACCAAAUCAAGUACCAACCUAUCAUGUUGAACAUCUGGCAACAUUUUCAACAACAACAACAACAUCAUCAUCGUCAUCAUCAUUAUCAAAUUCACCACAACCACCAGCCAAUGCACCAACAACAACAACAUCAGCAUCACAAUCACAUGAUAAUGAACAACAACAACAACAACAACAACAUGUAACACCUCGUAUGGCAUUACAACGUUUAUUUAAAAUGGAAAAAACAUCCGGCAUUUGGACACAAAGGAUGGCCAUUCAAUUGAAAGGCAAUCAUAUGUGGAUAUUGGAUGGUGAAACAAAUGAUGUUGUUGAACGUUUUCCAGUUGCAUUCAUACAACAGCCAACAUCAUUUAAUGAUCAGAAUCAUAUUUAUAAUAAUAUAUUGAUAUUCACUGUACAAUUACCAAAUGAAAAUCAAGGUGAAUUACAUAUAUUUCAAUGUGUAUCACAUGAUGCUAUCAAUGUUGUUGAUGAUAUCUAUCAUUGGAUGCGACAUUAUGGUAUUAUGGUAGCCAAUCAUAAUAAUAAUCAUAAUACGACAGAGAAAAGCCAUAAUAACCAUCAUCAUCAUCAUCAUCAUUCACCUCAUCAUCAUCAUCAUCAUCCGCAUUCACAUCCAUCUGGACCAUCAAGUAAUGUUAAUGUUAAGGAAGCUGUCAAUGCAUUUAAUCAGAUUGCAGCACAAAGAGAAAAGAAAGGAGCUUCAAAUGAUUCAAUUCAUCAUUUACCAGCAACUGGAACAACAACAACAGGAGCAGGAUCAGCGGCAACAACAUCCGGUACAUUAAUUGUACAAGAUUUAGAUUCACGAUCAGAUUCAUCGUCAUUUGCUGAACGUGAAUCAGUACCGCAACAACAACAACAACGUCAAGAAAUGUCAUCACCACAAUCACAAAGCCAUCAACAUCAUCAUCAUCCACAUUCAAAUGGCAAUUCACAUAAUCAUCAUCAUCGAACACAUGAAAUGAAUGAGAACUAUUCAAAUGAACGUUAUGUAUCCAUAUUGAAUCAUUGUUUUGACGAUAUUGAAAGAUUCAUUAUACGUUUACAACAUGCAGCAGCAGCAUUAAGAGAAUUACAGAUACGUAAUCAUAAACGUGGAGCCAAAGGAUCUGGUGAUGGAUUGCUAGCCAUACGUGCACGUGGUCCAUGUGAAGAAGAAUUUUUUGAAAUUCUUUCCAAAUUUAAAUUAGCAUUUAAUUUAUUAGCCAAAUUAAAAGGAUGUAUACACGAUCCAAAUGCACCGGAAUUGGUACAUUUUCUUUUUACACCUCUUGCCAUUAUAAUUGAAGCUGCACGUGCAAAUGAGCCACCAGUAGAUCCAUCUUUAGUUGGAAUUCCAUACCUAAGUCCUGAUGCUAUUGAAUUAUUGUCAAAUUGUUGUACAAGUAAAGAAUUUGAUCUUUGGCAAUCACUUGGUAAUAAUUGGAUACAAUCGGUCAAGCAUGUUCGUAUGACAAGUCCAUUUCAACCAAUAUUUACCGAUGGUUGGGCACCAGCUAUUACUGAACCAGAAUUAUUGGGAAUAAUAGUUCCAACAUCAACAUUGAUGGCCAAUGAAAUUGAUACAGAUCAAGAAGAAAUCAUUACAUCACGAUCAUCAUCCAUGCCAAAUAAUAAUAAUAAAUCUCGUAGUCAUAGUCAUCCGACUAGUUUUGAUGAUAGUGAUUAUGAAGAUCAACAAAAUAAUAACGGUGAUAAUAAUCCUCGAAUCAUUGCUCAUCAUCAUCAACAUCAUAAACACAAUUCAUCAACACGAACAACACCAACAUCACAUAAUAAUAAUCAUCAUCAUCAACAACAACAACAACAACAUGGCCAUCGACCAUCACCAUCGCCAAUCGAUUCAAUUGAUCGUGAUGAUCAAUCACCAUCAUCAUUAUCAAUGGCAAUGGCGGCCAAUAUCAUCAUCAUCAUCAUCAUCAUCAUAACAAUGGUAAUGGUAAUAAUAAUGGUCAUGAAACAAUUGAUUCAGAACAAAUGGAAUGGUUAUCUGAAUUACAAUCAAGGAAUGCAACGAAAAUUGUACGUGUACUAUUUCCACGUACAGCUAAUAAUAAUAAAGAGUUGACUGUAACAAGAGGUGAAAUCCUAGAAAUACUUGAUGAUUCACGUAAAUGGUGGAAAGCAAGAAAUUCACGUGGCCAAAUAGCCCAUGUACCACAUACGAUUGU